CAAGGUCGCGAAGAAAUUUCGCGCUUGCGUUCGCGCCUGGCGUCGGGGGGGGCUGUUUUUCCGCGUCAGCGCGAACGAGCGAGAUCGACAUUCGUGGAGUACGCUGAUCGCGACAUGUCGACCGAGAACGCGUGAGACGCGCGGGACGCACAGACAGUAAUAGUCAACUUGAAUGUUGUCGACGAUGCAACGACGGCCUAGACGGUAGUAGAGCAACCACGCGCGUGGAAAACGCCGUAUCGAUUUCGUAUAUAUCGUGAGCAUGACGCGCGAUGGAACGAACGGAGCUGGGUCGAUCUGCGUCUGACAAUCCGCAAGAAUGCCACCGUGAGAUUCUGCGACGCUGCAAUCUCGCUGCUUAAAUAUCACCGAUAAAGCCAAGAGUAUAUACAUCCAAGUUUAUCUGUCUGUCGUCACGGUGAAAACUGAUAAGUCCUACUCUCUAGCCUUGCCAGGUGACGCUCGGUGGUUUCCACUACCUCGACACGUGCAUCAAAUUCAUAUCGAGGGGUAACGGAGUAUAUACCUGUACGACGAACGCGGCGCAUGAUACACGCGUGGCUAUCGUGAGCGCAAGCAGCGGCGGGGAACACGUCGCGAUCGCGUCCGUUUGUUAACGGAACGGAACGCAAAACUAGCCGAUCUGUGAUAUCCACGUCUGCACAAAAUCCAGAUUAUAGCGGUCUCUCUCUUUCUCUCGGUGCACUCUUCCAUGAUACAUCACGGCGACAAGGAGAACGAAAUAGCGUGACGAGAAAAACGAGGAAGAGCGAAUGCGUCUUACUCCUCAUCGGUAAAAUGCACGGGGAUGAUGGUACGAAUGACACGAGGGAGAUCAACGCGACGGACGUCACCAACUCUAUUUUGUACACUAUAUUGAUGAAUGAUUUCGCGACGGUUUCGUCGACGAGCAUGACGAGCACGAUCUACAACGAGAGCACGUCCACGACAACGUACGCGGACCUGUCGCAGGAGAGUGGCCAGCGUCUGUGGAAUCUGUCGAGGACCGCCGUGACGUCUCUGUCCGAGACGACGGCGGUGCCGUUCAACGCCACGAGGAGCACCACCGCGUACACAUCGAGCACGACCGACUCGUACGACGAGUUCGGCCCACCGGAAGGAGUAGAAUAUAUUUUCGUGCCGCUCGGUGUAGUGGUCUCUGUUAUAAUACUAUCAGCUGUGGUAUGGGUAGCGAUAUCACUUUUGUCAUUACCUUGUGACGUUUUUCCCUGCCUCCCCCCCAUUUUUCGUUCUCAGAUGCAGCGCUACGCUAAACGCAUCACGUGCGGAUACCGGCAAUCAAAGUAUACACGUUAUCUCUCUGCUUUGACAUGUUCAAACCGCUCAUUUCGCGACGGGCUCACUCGCGUGCGACGAUUCUCGCAAUCGGUCGGCAAAUCCUCUUUUCUUUUCUCGCAACGCUUCGUAUCCCGCUUUUCUUGUUAGGUGUAAACGGGAUUUCCCACGCCCUAAUGUCUGAUUCUGUCUUUAAAGGUACUAAUUAUAUCGAGGAAACGGAAGCUGGAACGCUUAAGGCACAGACUCAUGCCAAUGUACAACUUCGAUCCUGGAGAAGAGGAGGAGGACGACUGGGAGACCGAGCUGCUGGA